AUGAAGUUUUCAUCUGCUUUGGUUGUAGCCGCUUUCUCGGUUGCUCUCAAUGCAUAUGAGCUCAACCGUCGUAAUCUUGAUAGUGGGGUGUCCUGGACAGGCGAAAUUGUUCCAGGCAAGACUGUCACUUACACCGGAACUAUUCAGGAGGUUCAAGAGCAAAUCGCUGCAAUUAACCCCGAUUAUUUCGAAACGCAAUCUAAUACUGCUGGUGAUGAAUCCGGCAGCAAUAUUGAGAAGCGAUGGCGUCAGAAGGGAGCACCGUACUGCGAGUAUGGGGAGUGGAUGACACGAACAUCAGCCAUAGAGGGAAUCAAUUACCUCAACGGUAACCUGGGCGGCAACAUGAUGUGUGGUGCGCCUGCACGGACAUCUUAUGGCGGAGGCUGCUCCAGAAUCAGCUGCAAUUGGUCAUCGGAAAUUUGGCUAUGCAACGAUCAAGAUGUUGAAAUAAGGCUACCAUGUAGCGAGGUUGCAUCUGCAGCACUAGAGCUUAGCAAUGUUUGCUAUUGGGUUCAACAAGGUGGCAUGACCAUGACAAGAGGACAGCUCUUCACCACUGCAAAUUGGAAUGUCAUCUUGACAAAAGGGAGUUGCUGA